AUGGACGGGGCGGCUUGGAGCGGAGUCCUGGCCGCGUUGGUGGUUUGCUGGUUGGCGGUGGGCGCCGGGGGCUCCCCGACGCCGCCAUCCCCCGCGGGGGGAGUCCCCCCGGACACCUGCACGUCCUGCGGCUUCCGGCGGCCCGAGGAGCCAGGCAAGGUGGACGGGGAUUUCCUGGAGGCGGUGAAGCGGCACAUCCUGAGCCGGCUUCAGCUGCGGGACCGGCCCAACAUCACCCACGCCGUGCCCAAGGCGGCCAUGGUCACGGCGCUGCGCAAGCUGCACGCCGGCAGGGUGCGGGAGGACGGCCGGGUGGAGAUCCCCAGCCUGGACGGGCAGGCGAGCGGCGGACCCCCGCUGCACGAGCAAGUGUCCGAGAUCAUCAGCUUCGCCGAGACAGAUGAUCUGGCCUCAUCUAGAGUCCGCCUCUAUUUCUUCAUCUCAAAUGAAGGGAACCAGAACUUGUUUGUCGUUCAAGCCAGCCUAUGGCUUUAUUUGAAGCUGCUUCCGUAUGUCUUAGAGAAAGGCAGCAGGCGAAAAGUAAGAGUCAAAGUCUAUUUUCAAGACCUGGACACUAGCAACAAGUGGAAUGUGGUUGAAAAGAAAGUUGAUCUCAAAAGAAGUGGUUGGCACACUUUUCCCAUGACAGAGGCGAUCCAGUCUCUGUUUGAGAAAGGAGAAAGGAGACUGAACCUGGAUGUUCAAUGUGAGGGCUGUGAAGAGUAUUCAGUGCUGCCAAUUUAUGUGGACCCUGGGGAGGAAUCACACCGGCCUUUUUUAGUGGUGCAAGCCCGAUUAGCUGAUAACAAACAUAGGAUCCGGAAAAGAGGCCUGGAGUGUGAUGGCAGGACCAACCUAUGUUGCAGGCAACAGUUUUACAUUGACUUCAGACUCAUUGGGUGGAAUGACUGGAUCAUAGCGCCAUCAGGUUACUAUGGGAAUUACUGUGAAGGGAGCUGCCCAGCCUACUUGGCUGGAGUCCCAGGAUCAGCUUCCUCUUUUCACACUGCAGUAGUGAAUCAGUACCGCAUGCGAGGGCUGAACCCAGGCACCGUGAACUCCUGUUGCAUUCCAACCAAACUUAGCACAAUGUCAAUGCUGUACUUUGAUGAUGAAUACAACAUUGUGAAAAGGGACGUUCCCAAUAUGAUUGUGGAAGAAUGUGGUUGUGCUUGAUUUAAGGUGUGUUUCCGGGGGGAGAAAGAGAACAUUCCCGUACUAGAUGGUAUUGGAGGAAGUUUCACUGUGUAUCCAGGCAUCGGUGUUAAGUCACUGUGGAAAAGUCUGGCCAAAAAAAAGUUUCACAUUGGUGUCAGGACAGUGACAAUUUGUGGAUCUUGGACAUUUAAAUAUUCUACCACUUAUAAACUAAUGCUAUGAAAUACUUUACACACACACACACACACACACACACACACACACACACACACACACACACACACACACACACACACACACACACACACACACACACACACACGAUACAAGUAACAGGAAGUCAGUCACCAGUGACAACAUAACUAAAAUGCCUGCCAGUACAAGUGAAUGGCCAAGCAGCUGUUUCUCCACCUGCCUGGGAAGUCAGACUGAAAAGAGCUCUAUGUGCUCAUGCAAAAGAACACAAAAAAGAGAGAACAUAAUAUAUUCUUGCACGCAGGUGUCAAAAUCACCAAAUUUAAAAAUUGCCAUCACCUCUUAGGUCCAAAGGGAAGCCGCAGUCCACCUGCCUAUGCAGGUGAUCCCUUCCUCUUAAUUUAAAAAUCUCCUCAUGUAAACGCCACACAUAUCCUUAUCUUCCAACAGCACUUCCAGUACGGAAUAUCAUAUGAGAACAUGAGAGAGACACAUACGCAGCUACGGCUGAGACUGUUUCUGUGUUCUUCUGAAUCACAUGUUUGGUUGGCAUUAUUUGAUGCUUUAACUGACUGCUAGAAAUCCAUGGACGGCUGUAUCUGUUGUGCCAUUGAAAAGGGGCUUUUCUGUCACAUCUGGAUUGUGCUGACCAUUAGCAUCUCACUGUUCUAAGAACAAAAACUCAAAGUUGCAAUCUGUGUGUUUCAGCAGAAGACUCCGCAAGGACAUGUAAUGUGGGAGAAAAACAAACAAACAAAAAGCAAAUGCUACCACAACGAAACCAAUGAAUCCUAAAAGGAAUUACAGUAACAUGGUGGAGACAUUCUGAAAAAUGCUGUGCAUUUAAUAACAGGUGAAAGCACUCUCCUCCUUUCCAAGACUUGUUAAAAUGUUCUUCAGUUUCUUUACCAGGAAGUGUCAAGGAUGGCCAUAAAGAUCAGAAAAUAAAGAUACAGCAUAGCACUUGCAAACUGCUUGAAUGCACAUAUUAUAGCACUUGCAGAUUUCAAUGCCUUGAAAAGUGGUACUUGAUAGUGCACUUAUCUUUGCUCACUAUCUAGGUAAACAGGUGCCGCAUGAGCUAUGCAAUUUAAAGUGUUGACCCAUACUAGACAAAACUGGACUUACGAUAUGACUUUUUUAAUAUUUUUUAUACUUGAAAUUAAAUCUUUUGCUUCUUUUUUAAAGCGAAUGAUUGCUUUUAACGUUUGCACUGAUUUAGCUGCAUGAUUAGUCAAAAAACCUGCCAUUUGAAAAAAAAUGUUAUUUUUAUAGCAGCAAAAAUGAAUACAUUUAAAUGUAUUAUACAUAAAUUUUGGAACCAAAGAGGCCAACAUAUUAGUUAUAAUUUUUAUGAGAUGGCAAAGCCAUCAUAUAUUAUGUAGUUGUACUGAGCAAUCCCUCACAAGGCCUACCGAUUCUUUCAGGGUACAAAAUGGAUUCUGUUUGUUCUAGUCAAUGUCUUUUCUAUACCGUACGCACAUGGAACGUAUAGUGAAAAAACAACUGUUGUAGAAUACAUUACAAUAUGUACAUCCUUCAAGUCCAUUUUUUAUGUUUAUUUAAUAAAGUUCCUUUUAG